GGAAACAAGGAGGCUGUUCCAAGAACUAGAACCCAACAAGCUAAGGGUCGUUUCCCGCCUGCGAUUCCAACGGUCAUCGUCUUCCUCGUCGAACUUUUUAUUAUUAGUAAAUAGCACCGGAAACUUAUGGCUCAAACCGAUGGCGCCGAAUCAUGACCCCCAAAACCCUAAUCCCCUCUCCUUCAUCUUCUUCUUCCUCCUCUUCCUUCUCCUCCUCUCCUCCUCAUCCUCCCCUUCAAUGGCCUCAUCCGACCCCCUCAUCUCCUUCCUCGUACGCCUACAAUCCGAAGCCCUAGCCACGCUGGGCCCCAAAAACUUCGAUCCCAAGCUCUACGUCGACCUCCCCCUCAAAACCGACCUCUCCGCCGCCGAAUCCGCGUUCGCGAGGCUCCCCCGAUCCCCCGAAGGCGCGAUCCUGGCCCCUGUUCUUGGGAUGUUCUUGGACGAGUACUUUGACGAGGCGGGAUCGGAUUUGGCGUAUGUGGAGCCGGUGGAUUUUGUGCCGGAGCCUGAGGGUUUCUUGCCCAAUGUGGAGAACCCUAGGGUUAGGUCUUGGGCCCUGGAGGUGCACUCACUGUGGAAGGAUCUAUCGAGAAGGGUGGCGGACGAGGUGAGGGAGCGGCCGGAGCGGCACACGCUGCUGCCGCUGCCCAGCCCGGUGAUCGUCCCGGGGUCGAGAUUCCGAGAGGUUUAUUAUUGGGACUCUUACUGGAUUGUGAGGGGGUUGCUAGUGAGCAAAAUGUAUGACACUGCAAAGGGAAUAGUGAAUAAUUUGAUUUCUCUUAUUGAAACUUAUGGCCAUGUCCUGAAUGGUGCUAGGACCUACUACAGCAAUCGGAGCCAACCUCCGCUUCUUAGCUCAAUGGUAUAUGAUAUAUACAUGAGAACGCAAGAUUUGGAAUUUGUGAAGAAAGCAUUCCCUUCAUUGCUGAAAGAACAUAGCUUCUGGGUUUCAGAUGUUCACAAAGUGACCAUUCGGGAUGUUCAAGGACACGAGCACUCACUCUGUCGGUACCAGGCCAUGUGGAACAAACCCAGGCCAGAAAGUGCAACAAUUGACGAGCAAUCGGCUUCGAAGCUUUCAACUGCUUCUCAGAAGGAAAAUUUUUUUCGCCAACUUGCUUCAGGAGCUGAAUCUGGGUGGGAUUUCAGCUCUCGCUGGAUGAGCAACUCUUCUGAUCUGACCACGUUAGCAACAACAUCAAUUAUACCUGUUGACCUAAACACAUUCAUAUACAAGAUGGAGCUUGAUAUAUCUGUCUUUGCAAAACUUGUUGGAGACAACUCAACCUCGGAAAAGUUCUUGAAAGCAUCAAAAGAACGCCGAGCUGCUAUCAGAUCUAUCUUCUGGAACUCCAGCAUGAAGCAGUGGCUUGACUACUGGCUUAUCAGUAAGAACAACUGUGAGGAAGUCUACAAUUGGCAAGCUGACUAUCAUAACCACAAUGUUUUUGCAUCUAACUUCAUCCCUUUAUGGGUUAAGGCAUAUGAUUCAGCUGAGGAAGUUCUGGAAAGCCUUCAGAGAUCAGGAUUGAUUCAAGAAGUUGGAAUCACUACUUCAUUGUCAAAUACUGGGCAACAAUGGGACUUUCCGAAUGGUUGGGCACCGUUGCAACAUCUGAUUGUAGAGGGAUUGGCAUAUUCAGGCUCAAAAGAAGCAAAGUCUGUGGCUGAGGAUAUUGCUAUAAGGUGGAUCAGAACAAACUAUGCUGCUUACAGGAUAACUGGUGCAAUGCAUGAAAAGUAUGAUGUCACGGAAUGUGGGAAACCAGGAGGUGGUGGCGAAUACAAACCUCAGACGGGCUUUGGUUGGUCAAAUGGUGUAGUUUUGGCAUUCUUGGAAGCGUUUGGAUGGCCACACGACAAAGAAAUUGAUUGCUAAUUACAAAAGAAAGUAAAUGUCAGUGGAGAGUAAGCUAUGAUAGGUAUAUACUUUCAAUAGUCCAUUUGACUCUACUUUUCAAGUAAAGAAUAAAUUUUAGAAGCUUAUUGUGUAGUGUAAAGUACACAUUAUUUUUAUAUUCAUAUUUUCUGAUUAAUCUUA